AUGUUAAGAAACGUCAGCAGAAUCAACAAGAAUGUCGCUAGGGCUGCAUCCAAUAGGAAAGCUGUGAUUUGUCAGCCAGUGAUGAGGUCAUACUCAUCUCAAGGUGGUGAAAGUGGCGGUGGCAGUGGCAGAGGAGCAAUCUUUGCGGGUGGUGCUUUACUUACAGGAUUAGGACUGUAUUUCUUUAAUAAUCUCAACAACUACGAGGGUACUCGUAAUCAGGCAGUGGCUAAGAUUGAGGAGAAGUUGCCUGUUGAUUCUGGCUCAAGGGAUUACCAAAAGGUUUAUAACGCUAUUGUUGAUGUUCUGGAGAAUGAAAACUAUGACGAUGGGACUUUCGCGCCGGUCCUUUUGAGAUUAGCGUGGCACGCGAGUGGAACAUUCAGUAAGCACGACAAGGCGAACCCAGGUGGAUCAAACAAGGCGACGAUGCGUUUCAAAGCUGAAGCUGAAGAUGGUGCUAACGCAGGAUUAGAAGUCGGAAGAGACCUCCUCAACAACAGAGUAAAGCCACAGUUUCCAUGGAUUUCAUAUGGCGAUCUUUGGACACUCGCUGGUGUAGUUGGACUGCAGGAGAUGGGUGGUCCAAAGGUUGCUUGGCGUCCAGGUCGUAUCGAUGGUAUAGAUGAACGUGAGGCAAUCACGAACAGAUUGCCAGAUGGAGCUAAGGAUGAAAAACACGUUCAAAACAUAUUCGAUAGAUUAGGUUUUGAUGAUGGCGAGACGGUAUGUUUAAUUGGAGCACAUGCAGUUGGUAGAACACACAGAGAUCGUAGUGGAUUUGAAGGACCAUGGACAUUCAGUCCUAUCACCUUCUCAAAUCAAUUCUACAAACUGUUGAUGGAGUCAGAGUGGAAGGAAAAAAAGUGGGAUGGACCAAAGCAAUAUGAAGAUCAAGAAACUAAGAGCUUAAUGAUGCUACCAACAGAUUAUGCACUUAGAACAAGUGAUAAGUACAGACCAUACGUAGAAAAGUACGCAGAGGAUGAGGAUGUCUUCUUCAAAGACUUUUCAAGAGCAUUUGCUAAACUUAUUGAGCUGGGUGUACCACUCAAGCAAUUUGAACACUCACCACCAGUGUUCUUCAAGACAUCAGAUGAAGUUGAAGCGGAGAAAGAUAAGUAA